AUGUCCACUCCCACUCCCACUCCCCCGCAUCCCCGCGUCGGCGUAGGGAUCUUCCUCCUACACCCCACUCAUCCCCUCUCCACUCCCACCUCGCCCAUUUUCCUCAUGGGCCAACGACUCGGCUCGCACGGCGCAGGCAUGUGGGCUCAUCCGGGAGGCCAUCUUGAAUUUGGCGAGGAGCUUGAAGAAUGCGCUAUACGCGAAGUGGAAGAGGAGACGGGAUUGUGUUUGAGGAGGGAAGAUGUACGGCUCUUAACGGCGACGAAUAGUGUUUUGGAGGGGGAUGGGAAGGAGGGGCAGAAGGAAAGGAGACAUUACGUGACGAUUUGGAUGGUGGGGAGGUGGGAUGGGAAAGGAGAGGGGCCGAGGAAUGUGGAGCCCGAGAAGUGCGCAGGCUGGGAAUGGGUGCGGUGGGAAGAUAUGAAAGAAUAUGCAGAGGGAAAUGGGGAGAGGAAAUUGUAUCAGCCUGUGAACGAUCUUUUAAGGACUAGGGGGGAAGUGUUGCCUCCUCGUUUUGAGUGA